GGGUUCGGGCUCCCGGCGACCCGGGGACGCGAUAGCGGCGGCCUUGGAGCCGGGGGACUGGCGCCCAGGCCGCCUCGGCUCGGGGUACGGUGCCCGUCCCCUCCCGGUGUCUUGGCGGAGCAGAGCGGAGCGGCGAAGCCGGUGGAGUCGGCGGCCCAGCGGACGAGAGCGAGCAAUUGAUAAUCCCGUUACUAUGAGUCUGCUAAACUGUGAGAGCAGCUGUGGGUCCAGCCAGUCCGAGAGGGACUGCUGUGCUGCCAUGGCCAGCUCCUGUAGUGCUUCAGCAAAAGAUGACAGUGUGAGUGGGGCUGCCAGCUCAGGGCAUCUCUCCAGCUCUUUAAUGGAGGAGAUCCAGGGGUACGAUGUAGAAUUCGACCCACCCCUGGAGAGUAAGUAUGAAUGCCCCAUCUGCUUGAUGGCGUUGCGGGAAGCAGUGCAAACACCGUGCGGCCACAGGUUCUGCAAAGCCUGCAUCAUCAAAUCAAUAAGGGAUGCAGGUCACAAAUGUCCAGUUGACAAUGAAAUACUGCUGGAAACUCAACUAUUUCCUGACAAUUUUGCAAAACGAGAGAUUCUUUCUCUGACUGUGAAGUGUCCAAAUGAAGGUUGUUUGCACAAGAUGGAACUGAGGCAUCUUGAGGAUCAUCAAGCACAUUGUGAGUUUGCUCUUAUGAAUUGUCCCCAAUGCCAGCGUUCCUUCCAAAAAUGCCAACUUAAUAUGCACAUUCUCAAGGAGUGUCCAAGGAGACAGGUUUCUUGUGUAAACUGUGCUGUAUCAAUGGCAUUUGAAGAUAAAGAGAUUCAUGACCAGAACUGUCCUUUGGCAAAUGUCGUCUGUGAAUACUGCAACACCAUGCUCAUCAGAGAACAGAUACCUAAUCAUUAUGAUUUAGACUGUCCUACAGCCCCAAUUCCAUGCACAUUCAGUACUUUUGGUUGCCAUGAAAAGAUGCAGAGGAUCCACUUAGCACGGCACCUGCAGGAGAGCACGCAGUCGCACAUGAGGAUGUUGGCGCAAGCUGUUCAGAGCUUAAACCUUGCUGCUUCUCUGCCCCGGGCUUCUGGGUGUCACCCAGAGGUGGAUUUCCACGAAACCAUUCAACAGUUAGAGGGUCGCCUUGUAAGACAAGACCAUCAGAUCCGGGAGCUGACUGCGAAAAUGGAAACUCAAAGCAUGUAUGUAAAUGAGCUCAAACGAACUGUUCGAACCCUUGAGGACAACAUUGCUGAACUCGAAGCACAGCAGUGCAAUGGGAUUUACAUCUGGAAGAUUGGUAACUUCGGGAUGCACUUGAAGUCACAGGAAGAGGAGAAGCCUGUUGUCAUUCAUAGCCCAGGAUUCUACACAGGCAAACCCGGGUACAAACUGUGCAUGCGGCUGCACCUCCAGCUACCCACUGCUCAGCGCUGUGCAAACUAUAUAUCCCUCUUUGUCCACACUAUGCAAGGAGAGUAUGACAGCCACCUCCCGUGGCCCUUCCAGGGUACAAUACGCCUUACAAUUCUUGAUCAGUCAGAAGCACCUAUAAGGCAAAACCAUGAAGAGAUAAUGGAUGCCAAACCAGAACUGCUUGCCUUCCAGAGACCCACAAUCCCACGGAACCCAAAAGGUUUUGGCUAUGUGACGUUCAUGCAUCUAGAAGCCCUAAGACAAAGGACCUUCGUUAAGGAUGAUACUUUAGUAGUACGCUGUGAGGUCACUACCCGCUUCGACAUGGGUAGUCUUCGGAGGGAGGGUUUUCAGCCACGGAGCACUGAUGGAGGGGUAUAGCAUCCCCUCAUUUUUUUUUUUUUAAGUCAUUUGGAGAAAACUGUGUCUUUCCUUCCUUGCCUUAUUCUCAAUAAUAAGAAAAAAAAAAAAAAGCAGUGGGUAAUACCCACCAACUGAAUGUGGUUAUGGAGGUCACGUGCCACUUUUUUCUGUUAACACGUAUCAGAAACAGUCUUUCCCCAGCUUUGGGGAAUCUGCAUGUUCCAUUUUCAAAAUGCUUAUACCUGAAAUGUCUGUGGCGUAUCAUAGCAGCCACUUGUCAAUUAGUAUACCUCUUUGUUGUUUUUCAUGGGCUUUUGCUCUGCAGUGUUCUGUUGUCAGAGACAUAGGGUUAGAGUAGUAAAGCUCAAACCUUUUAGUGAUAAUGGACGUUCCUUAAAACUUAAGAUUUUUUAUAGUAUUAUGCGUAAUAUAUUCGACUUGAGAAUCACUACUGCCUUGUGCUGGUGCCAGCAAGAAAUUACUACUCUAUAGAUCUGAGUUCUCAUUUUAUUUGACCUCUGAUAGGUUUCAGAGGAUUUGAACUGUAAUCAUUGGAAAAUUCAAGUUCUCAUUCAUCCCAUUUCCCCCCGGGGUGGUACUAAAGAUAUUCAGGGACUAGUUUAAACCCUAAGUAUAACGUUACUUAUAUAUAUAACCUUGUCUGUUGCAUAAUUCUUGUUUAAGUGUUUCCUUCUACCUUACAUAUUUCUGGCUACAAAGUAACAUCUUCUCGAGUUUAGAAUGUGGAGAACCAUGUGGAUACCAACUGCUGAGUGUUAUAGUGUAAAUACCUUUGUGUCUGUUCGCUGCAGAGUGAAUGCCCCAGCCCUGCUCAUGCCAUGUGUUCUGAUGCGUAAUGCUCGUAGGACAAGGGAUGCACACAUAAAAUUGCCAACGUGAAAACUUAAAACUACUCAUCUAGUCAGCUAACAUGGCUUCUCAUUGAUGGUGAUAAAAGUUAUUUGAGCCAGAAAUGUUCAGCUCUUUUGAAUGCCCUCUGGUUUAGUUCAAUUAAGUGGAACAAAGUUGAUUUCCUAAUAGCAGAAUUUCUUAAUAGUUGGGGAGAUCAUUGGUGAUACCUGAAAGGUCAGCAGACUACGGUUGGAAGUCAUCAGGACUUAAUCUGGAAUAGGUUGCUUUAGUCUGACAGUUCAUACCUAUGGAGGAUCAUGUGGAAUGUUAUUGAAGUGGGUGAAUGUUCCCAAUAGGGAGAGAUGGUUUUUGUGCCAUGUACAUUUGUUAAAGGUGUGUAGGUAUUAAAUGGGGUGAAAUCUAGUUCUCAGGGUGUCCCACAAUUAGUAUGGGCUCUUAAUAAAGAAUCUAAGAGAACCCAUACUCUCCGCUGUUUACACAGGGUUGUGUGAAGUUGCCCGGCCAUGAGAAAUGGUACUGUUCUCCCCAGAGAGGCCAAGUCAGAGCCCCCUGGCCAGUGUGAAAGAUCAGCCUUCAUUUCAAGAGGAAGCCACGAAACUUUCGGUUCCAGGCAGACCCAGCCUGGAAGGGUCACUUUGAGCCUUCCCUGUACUUUACCCCACACCCCAUCCCACAUUUAGACUCUGGGUCUGGUGGGUUUAUGUUAUAAAGUGAAAAUAAAGGUCAUGCAGAGAUCCUGUUCCCCAGCGCCCUGGGCUGUCAGCACCACCUGAUCAUCCACUAGAUGGCACUUUGCUUCCUGGCAGUUUGUGUCCCUUAGCUCCUUUGCUUUCCAGCAGCACCGCCCUCUCAGGUAGGGAACCCCACACCACUGCUGUUCCUCCGAUUGUUUUUCAAUGAAUAAAUGAUCAUCCAGUUCCAUUUAAAAAGUAAAUGGUAGUUAUUUUUGUUGCAUAGAAAAAGCUUGAAGGAAAUAUACUAAACUAUUUUUGAUGACCUAUUUUCUAUGUGCUUUCUUAUAUGUUUUACAUUUUCUAUAAUAAACAUGUACUUUUAUCAGAGAAAAAAAAAUGUUGCCACUAAACAUUCAACCCCACCAAAAAAGGAAAUGAUAUUUAAAAGCUUCCUGGUCUGGUCAAAUUUCUAUUAAAAGCAUGGCUGUGCAUUAGGCACUGAGGAUUCAUUUCCUGCUUUGGUUAUUUUGUUCUACUCAGGAAUUUUAAUCCAAACAAUAACAGUUUUUUUUUUUGUCUAACUUCAACUUCUAGCUUCAGGUUUCCCAUCUGUAAAAUAAAGAGUUGGAUUAGACGUUUCCAAGGUCCACUCCAACCGUAAAAUUCUGGAGUAAGAAAUUAAGUUCUAACUAGCAGCAUGUUGACAACGCUUAUAAAAGGAUUUUGCCAGUAGAAAAUUGCUUUAACUUAAUUUUUGCUGAUACAAUACUCUAAUUUAGUGUCCGUCAGCUGGGUCUCAUCUGAAUUUUAAUAAGCAAUUUUUUUAACCCCUAACAUUUGGCAUUUUGUAAUAAACCAGCCACUUAUUUUAUACAGUUCAUUCAUUGUGAAUAUAGAAUAAAAGUAAUGAUCAAACUGUCCUUCCAAAUAGGAACUUUUGUUAAGACUUCAACUCAGAAUCAAGUCUUUCCUGGAAAGCUAGUCUCUUCUGUGUUUCAAACCUCCUGCCCGACUCGGAAAUGUGCUCGUCUCACCCAGUUGGCCAAUUUUCUCAACCUUUUAACAUUUAUUGUUUGACAUCAUUCUUGGACAUUGCUAAAUUAAAAGCAGUUUCCUCUUUUCCCAGAGAUGUCCAACCUAAUGUUGGAUGAAACAUGCCUCCAGUCAUACAUUUUGCUGUUGGAAAACAAGUCAGGAUGUGGGUUUCUAGUUUGGUAGUUUUUUACUAUCCUUUGGCUGUUGCAGCAAUGACAGUUUCUGGCUGUACUGCAUGAUGAUUCAACUUUUGGGGCAUAAAAAUAGGAAGAGAAGAGAAAAAAAGUGAAAUAGAAGGAAAGGUGAGUUUUUCCCCCUAAUGAUGGACUGAUAGAUGUUGGACGAUCUCUAGCAAAUAGUUUUGUGGCAGGUAUAAAAUUGUGAAACUCUCUUCCAUUACUGUUUAUGCCAGUAAGUCUCCAAUGAACUAAGUGCAGAGUGGGAUGCAUUCUUAAAGAGCAGCAGUUGCUUGUGGUUCCUUUAAUCCAGGGAUUCCUCCUGUCUCUGGUGACCAGAAAAUAUUUUUAAUUAUUAGGGAGGUUUGAGACUUUGAAGUGCUGUUCCUUUAUUCAGGUACUGCUGCUCUCUUCCUGGCUUGCCUCGAUUAAAUUCUACUCAUUGUUUUACAUAAAAUACCAUUAAGUGUUUUUUAAUGCCUAGUUCCAUAGAACUUAAGCAGCGCAACAACACCUUAAGGAAAUGAGAAAGGGACAAUAAAUAGUCAUUUGUAUAUUUUUUUUAAAACAACAUUUUUAAAUUCCCAGGUUCACUUGAAAGCUAUAGUUAAGUUUCACAGCCGCUGUCAUCGUGUCUACAGAAUGGAGUUGGCACUUCCAAAUUCACAGGAUCCAGAAAGAUGAUCUGAUGGAACCAAAUAAGGCGGAUCUCUGCAGAUUGCUACAUUCAAUUACAGACUUCACUUUUAGUCAAACACUUGCAAGAAGAUGCCUAGUUUUGCAAAAUAUCACCUAAGCCUUUAAUGUUCUGAAGUUUUCUCCUCCCUGAAAAUUCAGGUUGCUAUUGUAAAAUUAUAAAAUGCUGAGAAAUAAUUCCAGAUGGGGAAAACAUUUUGAGGCAUGAGAUGAGUAGGGCGCUUUCUCUCUCAAAGUGCUUUCUCAGCAGGACAAAGCCCAGCCUUCAGGACAAGAGGGAAGGGAGGCAUUCUCCCUCAAAGCUUGAGGCUCUGAAUGUGGAUGCAGUUUGGUUUCCAGAAAGUCACCCAACACAGAGCUGUCAUGCGCUUCCAAGGCCUUUUCUCAGACACGCAGGGCCUCCUCUCCUUAGAGCCUCCUUGCCUCUGUGGACUGCCUGCAUUCCUCCCAGCCUUCUCCUGGCAAAAGCCAAAGUGCUGGUGGGAAGAAGGGCGGAUCCCUGCCUUCCAAGAAGGAAAUGCUACCCCGCGGUCCUAGCCGCUCAUAAUAACAUUCUCUUCUGCUCUAGUCCUCGGGAGAAGGUCAGCUCUGCGUGACAAGGAGACGGUUUGCUGCUGAAACCCUGUACUUAGUGCAGUGCCUGGCUCACGGUACAUACAUGUCCAUUUACUAAUGAACAUUUAGCGACAGUAGUGGUUGAAGCUGACCAAUGUCUGGUAGUUUGUCAUGUAAGUUUUAGGUGGUAAAGCGUAGAUAUUCCUUUUUUUGCCUUUUUUCCCCCCAGCACUUUAUUAUGAAAUUUUUCAAACAUGCACAAAUGUUGAAAGAACUGUACAGUGAACAGCCCCCACCUAGAAUCUACAAAUAACGUUUUGUUACAUUCACCUUGUUACUUAAAA